AUGAUAAAGGUCACGGGUCACUCAAAGGUCACUCACCUUGCAGGUCACUGGCCACUAUAAUUUCCGAUAUCAGUCGGAGAGGUGUGAGGAGGAAAAAAACUAGUCUAGGGAUUGAACGGGCUCAUUUCGGGAACAUCAAGAAGAAUGGGAACUCAAUCAAGAAACAUCCUUGAAGUACUGAAGGAGCGUCCAAUCAUCAGUGAUGGCAGUUACGUGUUUGUUCUUGAGAAGAGAGGGUUCGUUAAGAUAGGACCGUGGACACCAGAGGUUGUAAUUGAACACCCUGAAGCAGUUCUCCAGCUCCAUCGGGAGUAUCUGAACGCCGGUGCUGACAUCAUCCAAACGUUCACUUUCUUCGCCAGUGAGAGUCGACUAUCGAUCGCGGGAAAAGAUUAUGACACAAAACUAAUCAAUAAGCGUGCCUGCGACCUAGCAGCCGAGAUUGCCCGACCAGGCAACGCAUUCGUCUGCGGAGGAGUAUCACCAACAGGCACUUACACUGAUGGAAAGGGGAAGGCGGCAGUUCAGGAAGAGUUUAAACAGCAAGUCAAUAUUUACGUGGACAAUCAUUGUGAUUUUCUCCUGGCAGAGUUCUUUCCAUAUGUGGAGGAGAUAGAAUGGGCCAUGGAGGUCCUGAAGGCGACCAACAAACCUGUUGCUGUCACUAUGAGGAUUGGGCCCCUGGGUGACUGGGCUGGUGUGUCCGUGGAAGACUGCGCCAUACGGAUGGCAAAGGCAGGAGCAGAUAUUGUCGGAAUCAAUUGUCAAUUUGACCCAGAUACCUGUUUAAAGGUGAUAGCGAGGAUGAAAGAUGCUCUGGACAAGGAGGGAUUGAAGCCUAUCCUGAUGGUGCAGCCCCUGGGGCACAUGGUACCUGAGGUGGAGAAUACAUACGAAGGUUAUUUUGCAUUGCCAGAAUUCCCAACAGCUUUGGAGUCCCGUCUCCUGACACGACAUGAGGCAAGGAAGUUCGCAAGAGAAGCGUAUGAUCUGGGUGUGCGUUAUAUUGGAGGGUGUUGCGGAUUCGAACCUUACCACAUCCGGGAAAUGUCUGAUGAGUUAAAAGUUGAGCGAGGGUUCGAGGCCCCUGGUGCUGAGAAGUGUGCGGCGUUUUGUGUGAACCUAAACGACAGUCCUUCACUGAAAGACAUGGACUCCACUAAAAAAAAGGUUGGUCGAGACUAUUGGAUGAACUUGCGCCCAUCAUCGGGUCGACCAGAAAACCCCCGAUUACAAGAACUGCAAGGAACAUUAACUCCAAAACCAGUUGUCCACACAAAUCCAUUGAAUCAGUGAGAACGAUGCUGAUGUGUCCCUAUGCUGAGAAGUUGGCAAUAAUCAGUGCAAAGGUUUCGUUGAACAAUAAAUACCAGUGAGAACUGCACCUAAGAAUACCAUUUCCAUCUUUCAGAGUCGAAUUUAUUCAUAAGUUCAAAA